AUGGAAAAUGAAACGCGCUCUCACCAUAGCUAUUCGUAUAAAGAGGUAAUCAAUGCUUUCGCCAUAUUCCAUAAUCCAUUCGGCAAGGAUAUAUUUUGCGUUGCACUCGAGCUGGAAUUGCGCCUGCAAUGGAUCGAGCUACCGCAGAAUAUUGGCGAAGAUAUCAAUUUAAUUGAUGUGGCCUCGAUGAUAUUAAGUGAUGAUGGGGCACGUUGUCACGCUUUAAAAUUUUCUCCAGACACUUCGCUCGCAAGGAUUCCCUAUAAAGUGAAAUUGGCUGCGCCUCAUGGGUUGAUGAAUCUUUCAGUUUUCUACACCGAUCUAAAAUCCAACACCACCAUUCAGCAUUUGAAAGGAGGCCAUACAUGGUUCAUUAACGACGUUGCUUGGGCGUGCGGUGGUGACAUGCUGGCCUCGGUCAGCGACGAUUGUUGUUGUGUGGUUUGGGAUUUGAAUGCCGCCAGUGGCGACGAAAACGUCGGCCGAUUCCGAUUGAGCUCUGAGGGCACGGCCGUAAUGUCCCACCCGACUGACAGUAAUUUGGUGAUUGUGGCCGAAAAGAAAGGCGCCAUACAAAUAUUUAAUUUGCGCACCAAAGAAUCCACACGGCUUAUUCAGACACCAACAGGUCCGCUUACUUCCAUUGACUGGCAUCUUCGAGGAGAGAAGGUUCUCCUUUUGGCAGCACUUGCCGGUGGCUCAACAUACAUUUGGGACGUUGGGAAUCCCUCAAGGCCACUCAAUGCCAAGAAGAUACAUGACACGGACGGCAUCGAUGUGCGCUUUCGAAAAAAUUGUGCUGAUAUCAUGAUUGCCAGUGUUGGAAAGCCUGGAAAAACACUUUAUGUUGUUCGCAAUCAGUCUAAUGAGAUAUUGCUUACUUUUUCAAUGAACUACUAUGGCGGCGUAGCGUGGUACCCGAAUUCUAAUUACAUAGCAUUAGCCGCGGGAAAACAUCUACAUUUUUGGAAAAUUCCACAAAGCUCGACCAAAUAA